AUGUGCUUCGGCGCUCGGAACAAGAACGAAGAUGGCGAGGCUCGCUCGCGAGAGCUGGACAAGGUCAUCCGCCAGGAGGAGAAGCGCAUGGCUAAAGAAGUCAAGUUGUUGCUGUUGGGCGCUGGAGAGUCCGGAAAGUCUACGAUUCUGAAGCAGAUGAAGCUCAUCUAUGCUCAGGGCUUCAACAAGAGCGAAAGACUUGACUUCAAGCCAGUCAUCUUCAACAACAUUGUCCAGUCAUUCAAGACCAUCUCCGAGGCCAUGUCCGAGAUUGGAAUUGAAUAUGACAGCCCAGAUAACGAGAAAUACAUGGCUCACAUUUUGGUUGACAACGAAAUCAGCCCAGACAGCGGCAUGCCUGAGGACUACCUAGAGCCUAUCAAGGCGCUAUGGCAAGACAGCGGAGUGUUGGCAGCAGUUGCCAAGGGCAAUGAAUACGCCUUACACGACAACCUCACAUACUUCGUUACAGACAUUGACCGGAUAUGGGCCGACGGCUAUGUACCGAAUGACCAAGAUCUGCUCCGCUCUCGAUUGAGAACUACAGGUAUCACGGAAACCGUCUUUGACCUUGGCCAGCUGACAUACCGUAUGUUUGAUGUCGGUGGUCAGAGAUCAGAACGAAAGAAGUGGAUCCACUGUUUCGAGAAUGUCAACUGUCUCCUCUUCCUCGUUGCCAUUAGUGGCUACGACCAGUGUCUUGUGGAAGACAAGGAUGGCAACCAAAUGAACGAGGCUUUGAUGCUGUGGGAAUCCAUCGCCAACUCACACUGGUUCACCAUGACAUCCCUGAUUCUGUUCCUCAACAAGAUGGAUCUGUUCAAAGAGAAGCUCCCCAAGAGCCCGAUCUCCAAGUACGGAUUCACCGAUUAUCACGGACCCGACGACGAUUACAAGGCAGCCAGCAAAUACUUCCUAGACAAAUUCCGAGCCCUUAGCAGGAACCCCGAAAAAGAAAUCUAUGGCCAUUUCACAAAUGCCACCGACACAAACCUGCUGAAAAUCACAAUGGGCUCCGUCCAAGACAUGAUUAUCCAGCGAAACCUCAAAAAGUUAAUACUAUAA